AUGUCAUCUAUCGAGGCCCGUCGCAUGAAACGCGCGCAAAAGAAGGCUGCUGCUGCGUCUGCCUCCCCAUCACAACCCACAGAAGCAGAGCCCAAAAUUGUAGCAACUGCCCAGCAGAGCCGAUUUCACCGCGAGACCCUCGAGACAUCGUCUAAAGACAUUGACAUGCAUACCGUCAACAUCAGCGUCAAUAACCUCGAUCUCCUCGUCGAUGCGCAUCUGCGGCUCAAGGAUGGCGUGCGAUAUGGUCUCGUGGGGCAGAAUGGGGUCGGAAAGACGAUGUUGAUGAGAUGCAUGGCGGAUAAUAUCCUUGCCAUGCCAAGCAAUCUCAAUAUCCUUCACAUCGCGCAGCUUGAGACCUUUGAUGAGAACACCACUGUGUUGAAUGAAGUACUUGAAGCAGACAAAGAAUGCACGAAGGUUUUGCGUGAAUAUGAAGUCUUGCACGCAAUGCUCGGAGAUACACCUCAGUCCACCUCGUCAAACACCGCCCAGCUAAAUGUUGCGCUUCACAGCAUUCUCAUUUCUCGAAUGGAGGCUCGCGUGAUCACCGCACAACAACUCGCACAGAAACGCUCUGGCACACGCGGACAUGACGCCCGUCAGGCGCAGCUCGCGAUAGAAAUUGAGUUCACUGCACUGAAAGCUCAGGAUCCACAAGUCUACAUCUCAUCUGACAUGGCGACGGAACUCAUUACCGACGUCUUCGAUAAAUUCGCGCUGAUCAAUUUCGAUGCGCGGAAAGCAAAGGCGAGAAAGAUCCUGCGAGGGCUUGGAUUUGGGGAGGCUCAAAUCGAUGCCAGGGUACAGACCUUGAGCGGUGGAUGGCGGAUGCAGAUUGCGCUUGCAAAAGCGCUAUUUGUUGGCCCAGACAUCCUCCUACUCGACGAACCAACGAACCACCUUGAUCUGCCUGCGAUCCUCUGGCUGCAAGAAUAUCUGAUCAAUGAAACAGCGGGACUGACGCUUGUCAUUGUAUCGCACGACCGGGCGUUCUUGAAUGCCGUGACGACGGAAACGAUUAUUCUGCGGGACAAGAUGUUGAAAUAUCACGCGGGGUCAUUUGCAGAUUACGAAAGUACAAGCGAGGAGCAGCGAGUACGGAAGCAGGCUCUGAUGGAUACGCAGGCGAAGAAGCGAGCGAAGCUCGUAGCAAGCAUCCAGCACAAUGUACAGCAGGCUCGUGCGACAGGGGAUGACAAGCGGCUCGGGCAAGUAGCAAGCCGGAAGAAGAAGCUUGAACGCCUUGGAAUGGAGAAGACGGAGGACGGGAAGCGGUUCAAGGUGUCUUAUUGGGCCGGAUACCACACGUCAGCGCGCGCGGAGAUUGAGAUUGAGAAGGCCUUGAAGACGGCGUCGAUUAAGAUUCCGGAUCCUCCUCCGUUGCGGUACCACGGAUCUGUGUUCACUGUAAAGAAUGCAUCGUUCCGCUAUCCAAAUUCGAGCAAGGAUGUACUGACGAACGUCAGCUUGGAUGUCGGGCCCCAUGCUCGCAUAGCGUUGCUUGGCCCAAAUGGGUGCGGGAAGACAACGCUGCUAAACAUGAUGGUGGGCGUGACGCAGCCGACAACAGGAGAAGUAUACCGACACCCUUCGCUCCGCAUCGGCUACUUCUCGCAACACGUGGUCGAUCAGCUCACACUCACCCGUACACCCAUUGAAGAGAUGCGCUCCCGGCAUCCUGAGCUUUCAGAACAAGAAUGUCGGGCGCACUUUGGCACUGUCGGCGUGAGUGGAAAUACUGUUCUGCGGAAAAUCGCAAACCUCAGUGGAGGACAGCGGAACCGCAUUGCGUUUGCGAUCAUUCUGUAUGAUGCACCUCAUGUGCUUGUGAUUGAUGAAAUCACGAAUCAUUUGGAUAUGGGCACUGUGGAUAGGCUGGUGGAGGCGUUGGAGGGUUUCGAGGGAGCUUUGGUGUUGGUGAGCCAUGACGUAUGGUUCAUGAAGCAACUGAUGGAGGGAGAGGACGAUGAUGACGAGGAUGAAAGUGAUGUGAAGGAGGAAAGGGCAUUUUAUGUUGUUCGGAAUGGUGCUGUGAAGCGCUGGGAGAAAGAUAUGGAUGGAUAUGUAGAGGCGGUUAUGAAGAAAGUCAGAAAAGGUGAUAAGUAUUAG